AUGAGCAGUGGAAAUAGCCAAAAUGCCAGUGCACAGAUUGAUCCACUGCUGAAUGCAGCAAAAGUGGGAGUGCUGAGUGGUACCGUUGGCUUGAUAUAUGGAGGGGCUGCUGGUGUCAUCAGAUCCCGAAAUCCUCUUGUUCAUUCCAUAUCAAAUGGUAUUCACUGGGCUGUGUGUGGAUCAACGUUCUGGUGGCUACGAAGCAACAUCAUUAAGCUUCACUACCAGGAUGAUGCAUCCCUGCAAGAACGCAAGUAUGCCAGUGCUGUAUCAGGAGGUAUCUCCGGUGGGCUGGUGACUAGGCUUAUGGGAGGUCGGUUGGUACCCGGUCUCGUAAUCUUUUCAAUUGUUGGCUACUGUGGCCAAAGUGCCUUCAACAGAGUUGAUGCGUGGCAAAUGGCACGUUCUCAAAAACCAACCCAACCACUAUUCCAGCGAAUGGCCAACUCCAAAUGGAUUCCUCUACGACAUCUGUCUGAUGAGGACUAUCGUGAGAUCCUAAGUGAGAAAUUGCUUAGUGUUGAGGUCGAGAUCUCUCUUCUAGAUGAGAAGAUUGAAGGGCUAGAAAAGGCUCAUUCAACGGGGCUGUCAGAGGAUUCGGUGGAUUCUCAAUAA